AUGCCUCGCAGGCAGUUCGUGGCUGACCUGGCAGCUGCCGUAGAGGGCGCCUCGGUCGCCGGCAUCUCAGACAUUCAGUCUGGCGCUGACGAUGGCGAAUUUACCUUCAUGUGCCUUGCAGACGACCACAAGCUCAACGUAUCAGUCUUGAUUCCUGAGCUUUCUGACUAUCCCUCUAGCCACAUUUGCAUGAUCUUCGGUCCAGACAAUGCUCCUGCUAGAGUGUCCAGCACAUUGGCUGAUAUCUCCGCAACCGGAAAGACGGUUCAGCAGAUACUAGAGCUCGUUUCUCGCAAACUGGAGUCGACUGACAAAGACGGCGACCAACAGAUGCUCAACUCACAGCAGCUCGAGGGUUGGGAAGAUGGGUUAGAAGAUGACGAUGACGAAGAGUACGAGGAGGAUUAUUUCCCGGGCGAUGAAGACAUGUUGCCUAAGCCCUUUAGCAAUGGACACCAAAGUUCAAUCCCAGGAACCUUCACUGAGCCCUCGGCUGACUUUCGACAACGUAUCCGCCGAGAUCUUUGGGCAGCAAAGAGCAAUGGAUACAAGGUCGGUCACCUGGGCGGGCUCAUGGACGGUCUUGGGUGCUACGUCAGCCUUUCCGUCCGCAUCACGAAGCUCGGUAUCUCGGAGGAAGCUAUGCAGGCCUGGCAGGUGGAACCUACUGAUUAUCUCAUCGCAAUAUUCUACUAUCCGGCUGGGUACAAGAGCAUAGAUGACUUACGAUCAUACGACGCCAGCCAGGCACAACGCAACUUCGGCACGCGCAUCGGCAUUUCCGAAUCCUACAAGCCCUCGUUACAGGAAGCCGUGCAAGCUUUCACCGUACUCAGCAAGGAAGACGAGAAGCGUCGCGAGGAAGCUCAGCAGGCAGACUCUCAGCAACAGACUUUGGUCCAAUCAGGCUUCCGCCCUUCUUUUAUCUCGCGACCUCUGAAUGAGCUCCUAGCGCAACGGUUCCACAUGCUGCUUAAGUAUCGACACGCUGGAAUGCCAUGGAAUGGCGCUGAGUUGUUCUACAACGAACAGAUACUGUGGCCCAUGAGCAAGCAUUCGGAAGGCUCAGAAGACAAGUAUUACGCUCCUGAGGAGGUCAGCACCGCAUAUCCUUCCCUCAUCACAGCCGAUCAUAUCCAGCAGUCGACAGACGCAGAACACUCAUUGCCGCUUGUCGGCAUGCAGUUCGUUCUACGCCACUUUGUGCGUUGCACCGAGUUUUGUCUCAUCUGCUUCAGUAAGAUGGCCGACGACCUUCAAGCGAUCAAGCCGUAUGUCUGUGACAACCCGCUCUGUCUCUACCAGUACAUGUCGCUAGGCUUCGGACCGAGUAUCGAGCACGAGGUCCUAUCUCAACCGAAAGUGGUAGAUUUGCUGGUCAGCUUCUGUUACUCUAGCGCACGUCAAUCUCGACUGGAAGACUUUCCUGCCGGUCUCGCCCUCUUGGUCCCUCCCGCGGUGUCUUAUGAGCAAGACUACCCCCUCAGCUCUUCCUAUCGAGGCAGUAUGAUGCAGCCUCAGUCAGAUCUAGGAUCGUCAAGGACAUCGAGCGGACAUGUACCAACUCCGUUGGAAAUGAAACUGAACCUGGACAACAGAGAGAUGAUGUUUGAAGACAUGACCAAACCUUGCCCUGUAAAAGGGAACGAGUGGAUCACGCUGCGAUUCGACGAUGAUCCGAGCAAAGCUUUGCACUGUCGUAUAGUUGACGCGUCGUACUACCCUUCUGUCAAGGUAUCUGAGCCUUUCGAACCGGCGGUCCCAGAUGCAGCUUCAGGAACCCCUCAUAGAUAUGGUUAUCUGCAACCAGCCCCACAAACCCCAAUCUCAAAGCCAGCACCCAAGGCUUCGCACAACACUGGCGAGUUUCGUCCAGCCAAGUUCCAGAUCUACAACCAAAAUUUCGACGAUCUGCCGGAGCAAAACAAACGCCAAGUCAUUUGCGCGCUCCUCGAUCUACUUCCCCCUAUCAAGGAUCUGAGACAGUACCUCAUUCGAAAAGCACAGUCUUCUCUGAGUGCAUGGACAGACCGUCUGUCUCCCGCAGCCCUUGGCCUGCUGCGUUGGAUCAUUGCAUCCAACCGAGCAUGUAUUCUCCAAGUUGAGUCCGAUGAUGAUGCCGCUACGGGUCGCAAAGCCGAGGAUCGACUGUACGGAAUGUCACAAUGGGCUCAGUUUCGAUUCGCCAUGGGUGCACCAGACAAAGAACGACGGUUUGUGCAGUCUGUUCGAGAUGUCUCCAAGAGACUCCGCUUGAAACAUCCGACCCUCUUCGCCUGGCACGGUAGCCCAUUGCAUAAUUGGCACAGUAUCAUCCGCGAAGGCCUCCAUUUCAAUGAGACUCAUCACGGACGCGCGUUCGGCCACGGCGUCUAUCAUUCUCUAGAAAUCGGUACCAGUCUAGGCUACUCCGGCUACGGCGGAGUUGGCAUCACGUGGCCAAACAGUGAACUCAAGAUCCAGCAAUCUCUAGCUCUGAACGAGAUCGUCAACGCUCCGCAAGAGUUCAUUAGCAGGAGCCCCCACCUGGUGGUAUCCCAGCUUGACUGGAUCCAGACUCGAUAUCUCUUCGUCAGCAGCGCCGGCACUCAGCAAGCAACCAGUGCAUUGGACAAGGGUUCGUUACCGUUGGAAAUUCUGGAGCAGGAUCCUACUGUAACGCCAAUGGGAAGUGAUGGCAAACUUGUCAUCCCCAUCCGCGCGAUCGCAGGUUCUCGACGUCCCAAGUCACUGAACACCACACACAAUAAGCGACAAAAGGCAGGAGGGACAAGCAAGUAUGAUGCUAUUGAGAUUGAGGAUGAUGACGCUGCAAGCGUCACUACGCUAGACGAGGAUAUGGUCAUUUUCGAGAGCGACUCACCAAGCAUCGAACAAUUCGUCGAACUCCUCCCGACACCCAACUUUGCUAAAGACGGCAAGGGAAAGUCCAAGGUGGGUGGGCUUUUCAAUAAGCCCGGCGGUUUAAAGCCAUCCAAGUCUCUUACAGAUUACGUACCGGGGAUUUUGGACUACGAUACUCUACCUAUGCUUCAGCAACCGGCGUGGGCCUCUUCUACCGCAACAAAGUGUUUAAUGCGCGACUUCAAGGCCCUUAUCAAGACGCAGAACGAGCAACCGCUGCACGAGCUUGGCUGGCACAUCGACGAAGACAGGACUGAGAAUAUGUACCAAUGGAUUGUGGAACUUCAUUCUUUCGAUCCUACUCUACCUUUGGCGCAGGAUAUGAAGAAGCGAGGCGUUAAGAGCGUUGUCCUAGAACUUCGCUUUGGGAAAGACUACCCAAUGGUGCCGCCAUUCGUUCGUGUCAUUCGGCCCCGCUUCUUAACCUUCGCCGCUGGAGGAGGCGGCCACGUCACUGCUGGCGGUGCCAUGUGCAUGGAGCUUUUGACCAACGACGGCUGGAGUGCAGUUUCUUCGAUUGAGUCCGUUCUGGUCCAAGUGCGCAUGGCUAUCACCAGCCUUGAAUCAAAGCCGGCUCGUCUUGAGAGUGGAGGAUGCAACAACUACGGUGUUGGUGAGGCUGUUGACGCCUACAUCCGUGCCUGCGCCAUGCAUGGUUGGACCGUGCCCACAGGAUUCAAAGAACUGGCGUACGGAGGUGCGGGUCCAUCAAGCCACCUUGGCUAG